AUGUCCCGGACUCCCCCUCGCUCUAUCAACAGUGCCGGCAGCGAGUCAAACUACAGUACAAGAUUACCAUCACUUUCUCCUCCGGGCGAGCACUCGGCAUCCCCUUCUCCGGCGUUCUCACUCGAUGUGAAUCCGUUCGAUACAGCACUCCCACCUAUCCAAUCAUCACAGGCCCCCAUCACGCACCGCCGGACGGGAAGUACCCUGAAAACAGUCAUGCGCAAAAUCUUCAAUCGGAAGAGGCAAAGCCAGACGGACGGGGUGGAAGGAACUCCCGGCGAGACUCGUUUUCCCCCCUCGAUCAGAUUGCCCGAGCCCAUCGUGGGCAAAUCCUUUUUGGCGGCACCGUCUCCCCCGCCAUCCAAAUGCAGCAGUCCGUUAUCAGAGGCCAACCUGCAAAUUGCCACCAGCAGCUGUCUCUCCCCCACCAGUCUCGGGAGCAGCUCCCUCGUUCCCGCGGGCUUAGCCCCACGCCCGCGCCGGGCCACCUUACCCAGCGUGAUCUUCUCGGAGGAUGAGGAGUCUCGCUACGGCGUGAUGUCUGCCGUAUCGGAUCCACAAGAGGACCAGUCGACUAUCUCGGGACGGAAAAGCCAUCAGCGCACGCUGAAAACCCGACGGCGGUCGCGGAGCAUCGAUUCCUCCCACCCCCUGCCUCGUGACCCGCAGAAGCCCUCUCCCUCGUGGGCGUCACGGACUACAUCCUUUCCUCAAAUGACGCCAGCUUCAAACUCCCGUUCUCCCAGAGAAGAGAAUUCCGCAGACGAUCAACAUAUCCGUCGCCCCUCCACCGGCACCACCGUCACCAGUCAGACGAGAACUUCCGACGGUCCAUCGUCCCCUGGACCCGACAUGCGUCCAGAUCGUGUCAGCCUUCUCCCCGACAUGGCGAACCUCGUGCGAGCGAUGCAACAGGAUGAUAGCCUCACUGUUGAACAGCGGCUGAACACAAUCGAGGUGAAAAUGAUUGACCUUGAGUUUGCCAUAGCACGUAUGCAAUCUUCCUCGGCGUCUUCGACCCCAGUGGUCGACCGAUCCCCCGGCCGAGACGGCGAACGGAGCUCGGCUCGCCGCAAACAAAAUUCGUUUCCACAAGUCCGGAACAAGGCGUCACACUCGAGCACCAGUGACCGUGACGAGCAAACUCCUCAAAAGACGAGACCCCCGGGUCCGGAUCACCGGCCCAGCAGCACCAGUACGGUUCGUGCAGCCACGGACAAAACCUUGCCGCCCCGCCCCAACGGAUCUGCCACGGCCCCUGGCGAUUUCAGUGGCAUUUCGAUCGAACAGUACAGCGCUCUGGUCACCUUGCUCCGCCGUGAGCAGACCGCCCGUCGAAACCUAGAGGGCCAGGUGUUGAAUCUCAAGAAGGAGAUUCGUCAGAUGCAACGCGCAGCAUUGCAGUCAAUGGAGCUGGGAGGCACCAUGUAUCCCAUCCAAAAGGUCGACUCGCAGGAGUUUCUUCGGUUCCGACGCGCGCUCGAUGGAUCAGAAUGCGAUUCUCCCGGACAUUUUCAAGACGACAAAAUUAUGAACAACGCCUUUGAGACGGAGUCGGACUAUGAUCCAUAUGGCCCACCGAAAUGGGAGCGGGAAAGGGAUCGAGACAAGGGCAGGGGCCCGGAACUGAAACUUGGACCGCCCGGGAAGCGUCUUGUCACGACGGCAAUGAUUUGA